AUGUCAUCGAGUCCCGAGCCACGUCAGGAGCCCCCGACGGAGGCACCCACGCUGCCGCCAACUCCUGCACCGACCCCCGCUCCGACGCCGCCGCCUGCUCCGUGGCACCCGAAGACAAUUGGUCACGACGAGGUGAAGCCCUUCCCUCAGCCUGAUCCUGUGACGAUCUCCGAGAAGGCUGCGGUCAAGUUUAAGCCGCAGAUCGACAUCGUCACGGGAUGCGUCCCUUACCCUGCUGUGAACGAUGCGGGCGAGACCAGCGGCGGUCUUCAGACUUCGGGCAGCCCCAGGGGCGGUUGCCGUGGCUCCGGUCACGGCUCGCAAGUGUACGGGCGCUCGACGUGGAUCAACGGCGUCUGGGCCAUCAUGUACUCGUGGUACUUCCCCAAGGACGCGCCGUCGUCCAAAAUGGGCCACCGCCACGACUGGGAGCACGUUGUGGUGUUCAUCGACAACCCGGACGUGCCCGAGCCCAAGAUUUUGGGCUGUUCGCCGUCGUGGCACAACGGCUACAACAAGUACGCCCCGUGCCCGGCCAAUGUCAUCGACGGCACGAGCGUCAAAGUCAAAUACGAGCACUCGUGGCCGCUUAACCACGCGCUGGAGACCACCACGAAGCCUGGUGCGUUCCAGGACCUCAUUAUGUGGAACCAGAUGACGGACUUUGCACGCAGAGCUCUGAACGACACCAAGUUUGGCAAGGCGAACACGCCGAUGAACGACUGGAACUUUCUGCCAAAGGUCGAGAAGGCCUGGCCGUUUAAGUAG